GCAAAACUUUUGUUCGUAGCGUCUGUAGUAACGAAAAAUUCGGUUAACUCUUACAAUUGAACAAUUAAUAACAUAACCCAAAUUCGGCCGGCUUUUUUUGAGAUAAAAUGAUCGCAUCAAAAAAUUCGUGGACUGGAUAACUGAUAGAGAAAUUCUGAAGCAGUCUAUUGACAUUUGAUCAGGAGUUUCCGACCGAUAGAUCGCGCGCUUGUCUGUUCCUUCCUUCGUCGAAUUCUCCAAAAUAUCAGACGCUUUCUCUCAAUCAAUGGAGCGAUUUGGUGGAUCAUUGCCCGUUAAGGGUUACAGUGGUGAAAUGGCUGGGAAAAAACGAGUUCAAUUGCCAGCAGACCUCGGAAAAGGUAUAUUUUAACCUCUUGAAUUGUUUUAAAUGUACGCGCGAUGCUCAAGCGAAAUUUUUAUUUUAAAAGCAAAACUUUCUUUGAGAGUUUGAGUGUUGAAUAAAAUUAUUAUUGGAAGCUUACUCGCUGGUGUAAAUUAUCUAGACAAGGAAGCCUUUUCUUGAAUUUACUGAAUCUAAAAAUUUGUGUUUUGAGACUUAACCACAACAAUUCAAUGCCCAACAAUUAAGAUAUAUUAAUAGCCGUUUAAUUUUUAAUUAUUGAAAUCUGCAACAGUACAAGUUCCAUAUCUCCAGUGUCAGUUUUAAUUGCAAACACUGUCCAAGCUCUUCACUUUCAAUUGCUGUUUUAAAUUUAUCUUUGUAUUUCAGUGACUUUGCCCCAUCCCAGACACAAUGCAGACAUGAUAGACUCUCAUCUUUCUGGGGGCUGGCAGGAAACGAUAUUUUGUUGGUUUAUUAAUUGGUUUAAAAAUCCUGACAUUUUGUUGUCCAUAGGUUACAGUUCUUAUGACUCAAGUAACUUAUUUCACAGUACCCCAAAAACAAAGGUGAGUGUUUCAACGUGAUUUUUCGUUGUUGAUACAAAUGCUUGAAACCUUGGGGCUUCCUGCAGGGAUGGGAUAUGAUUUCUCCUAUGGUAAUUAAAGCUGUACAGUAGUAAAUUUUUCUUUGGUUUUUGUCUACCGUGCUUGCAUGCAGUUAGAUGUGAAUUCAUUACUAGGGUAAAUAAAACAAGUAUGGUUGCCAAAAAGAAGCAAAAUUAUAUUUUGUUUUUCAAGUUGAUAAUCUAUUUAAUUUAUUUUUCCAACAGCCAAUAGUUUCAUCCUUUUCAACAUCACCCAGUAGCUACAAACCUAGAACAAGCAACUCAAGCUAUCAGCCAGGCAUGAGUCCGUCCAGAGCAUCACGGAGUAAAUCUCCCCUGCGGAGUACAAGUCCUGUCCGCCGCUCUGUGAGUCCUGGCUUAAAUAGAACUACAAGUCCAAGGCUACACAACAGCUCCCUGUCUCCAACCAGUAAACAGGUUUGUACCGGUUAUAAAAGAAAAAGCUAUUAAAAUACAUGUAGAUGCAAAGUCAAGACUGGUUAGCUUCGAAAAUACCAUGCGAAGCCUCUGGAAAUUAUGUUUUGAUGUUAUUGUGAAGAAUAUUUUUGUGCCAAAUCUUUUGACUUGAGGAAAAGCAUUUUGUGGCAUAAUAGAACUUUUUGCUGUAUUAUGACCUCAUGAAAAUCAAGUGCCAUAUAAUUUCCUAAUUAUUUUUUGCAGUCCACCAGAGUGUCUGUAAAAAUGGUGACAGUACUUUUUUUUUUACUAAUACCAAAAUAAUAAUAAUAAUAUUAUUAUUAUUAUUAUCAUUAUUAUUAUUAUCAUUAUUAUUAUUAUUAUUAUUAUUAUUAUUAUUAUUAUUAUUGUGAUUUUGUUCUCAGCUCUCAGACGUUGACAGUGAUACCAUCCAAAGGCAAAGACGCGAACUCCAGUUACUCAUAGGAGAACUUAAAGAUAGAGACAGGUGAAAUAAAUGUAACUUUCUAUUUUAGGCAAAACUAGUCUGACAACUUUGAUGCUAAACAGUUGCAGGCCACAGUCAUACAGUAUUUGAACAUUUGUUUUUUGUUUUGUCCCUGUUUAGAGAACUGAAUGACAUGGUACAAGCUCAUCAGAAACAGAUAGUGGCUUGGGAAGAGGAUAGACAGAGGGUAAGUAAGCACUUGAAAGAGUUGGGGUUCAGUUUAUGGACAAACCUCAGAAAAAGGUCAAGUUUGAAAUCCUGUUUUCCUAGCCUGGUAAUCAGUACUUGUCCCUUGUGAUAGGAUGGGAUUAUUAGGCGAACAGAAUAAAAAUAAUCCCUUUUGUUACCCUCACCUUGUGCAUUACAUGUACAGGUAGCUUAAUUUCAUCAUGACCUUUUUCACUUUUUUACACAUAAUAUACCUGAUGGUGGAAAUGACUUGAAAGGAAAUAUAUGAAAUGAUUGAUAUUUUGAACUGCGAAGUUAUUUAAGAUCAAGUUUCAAGUUCGUUUUCAACUGCAUAGGUUGUUCUUUUAACUGCGAGGAUCAUUCCCACUUUCAUACAUUUAAUAUACACAGUUCAAAAUAUGAAUCAUUUCACAUAAUUUUUCUUUCAUGUCAUUUCCACCAUCAAGUAUAAUUUUAUUACAAACUCACAGUGGCCUGCUCUCCAGUUGCCUUGAUUGGCGUUACAAUGGAUAGAGCAUUGUGUGCAGUCAUUGCAAAGGUCAAUCGGUUCGAUUCCCGCUCAAGCCUGAUUUUUUUUUCCUUUCAUUUUUAAUGUCUUUCACCAUCGUUGUUGCUUAAGUUUCCUAAUCCUGAUAAUGGGGUUUUCCAGCUGUAAAAUGAAUGUUUGUUCUAAAAGAAGUCUUAUAGCUUUAGGUUGAUGUUUUUACUGUAAGAGGGAAUGCCAUGUCAGAUUUUUAGAGGGACAAUUGACUAAAGAUUAGAGGUGUUUGAAAGAAAUUCCACAGAAAAAAUUCCACAACAUGGUUGUGCUCAAAAUCGAAAAACCAAUGGGUUACACCAUCUUUAGGUUGACAACUUAUAUUCUUCCCCUUCUUGACACAGGUGUUUGCUCUUGAAAAACGGUCAGCCAGGCUAGAAAGUAAGUGAACACACUAUUUGGACAGGUCAUGUACAGCUUGAUCACAACAGUUGUAAUUAAUUGCAGUUGUAAUUGCAGUGUAAGCAAUUUGCAAAUGAAGCCGGUAGAAAAACAAUUUGUGGCUUUUGGGGGUUAAAUAUAGCAGCAUUAUUUCUAGGUCCUUCAUGCUACUGGACUAAGCCCUGCCGACAUGAACCUCAUUAGCUCCAAACGCUCCUGUUCAUUUUAUUUUCAAAUAAUAACAUACGCAAGUGUUUGAGUUGUUUACUGAAAUUGUUAAUUUUUAUGGCAGGUGAACUUAAAAAUAGAAAUGAACAAUUAAAGGGAUUGCAAGCAAGGUUUGAGAUUUUUUAUGCUAUUUCUAAAGAAUUAUUGGAUGGGGUUUAUGUGAUAUCCAGAAUAAUCAAGGCCAAACACUUACUUCAACCUUGAUUAUUCCAGAUGUCACAAAAACCGAAUCUAAUAAUAGUUAUUGUUUUGUACAUUUUUUUGAAGAAAAUAAGGUAACACAGCUUUAUAUGAAACACUGUUUGAAAUUUCUUUUGGAAAUCAUGCAUUGCCACGCAGCCUACAGAUUAGUCACUAAUCUGCUAGCAGAGAAUUAACUGAUCUGUAAGUUGCGUUGAUUUCCAAAGUUAUGACAGAUAGAUAGAAGACAGAUAGUGAGCACAGUGUACAAUAGAGAAACUUAUUGGUACAAAUUUAAAUUUUUUUUCUGACGUACAGUGUAGUGAUAAAAAUCUUAUGCAGUACAUUAUGUCAAAACAUGAAUUAAAGCUAUCAGAAGUACAUAUAGCAAGAUCACUUUUUUUGAGUGCUUGAAAAGUACAACUAUAAAUAGCAGUCGUAGGACUUUUCAAGCAUAAUAUUUGUUUUCUUUAUGGAAUUUUAAAGGCUCAAAGCUUCUGAAACUGAGGAAAAGAAUAAAGUCAAGGAACUUGAAGAUACACAGGUUUGAAAACAGCAUUAUGCUCACCUUAAAAGUUCUGUGAAUGGUGCACCAUACUCCUGGAAAGUUCAUUGCGGUUGUACAACAUGCUUCCUGAAAUUCUACCUUAUUUCAGACUAAAGAUCAACAUGUGAUUUUUCCACCUUCAUUAUCUGCAGUAAUUGUGUUGACUCAAUGAAGCAUAGUACCUAAUUUCAGUCACCACUCUCUGCUUCCAACCUUAAGCUGCAUUUCAGACCCAAACGGUUAACAUGUGAUGACCAAAUAAGAAAGUACAUUGUAGCUCCUCCUCACCCCUCUCUGUCUAGGGGGCCUAUGUUAUAUGUUUUGAUGAUUUGAGAUCGUAUAAAUUUGAACAACUUUCUAAUUAUGUGCUGGUUUGUUUGUUCAUGCAGCUACAACUACAGCAAGUUUCUGAACAUGCAAAUACGUCUCUUCAUCAAGUGCAAGAACUUGAAGUAAGUCAGUUGUCUGCCGCUCGUCAUUAUUAUUUAUUUCAUUUAUCUGCUUGCUUAUUCGCCUUUCAUCUUUCUAAUUGUUAGAAUGUUCACUUCUCAUUUUACAGGAAAAGAAUAGCGCUUUAACAUCAUCAAUGCGAGAGUUAUCAAAUACGAUAGGACAGCUUCAAGCUAGAGAACAGGAACUUUUAACAAAACUUAAACUUAAGGUAUGUUAGACAAGCCAGACAUCGCAAAGUGAAAUGCUAUCAUUUGCUAAGUUUGUCUUAAUUGACAAAUGGUCUACCUUUGACGUUUUUAAUUUUGCAUCGGUGAUGUAACGUUCUGCCGAAACUUCUUGUCUGGAGCCCUUUUCUGGAUGAUCCCUGUCCAAAAAGCUCUUUUAUGUAUGCCCUGUCAACAUUCAAUAUCCAGGAGUAAAUUAGAAAGCAAUACAAUGAAACUGUGAAGGACAAAAUGGACAUUUUUUUCUGAGUUAGGACCCAGUUAGGACCUGUUUACAUGAAGGUGGGGGACCCCAGGUAGGUGAGGUAACAUGUGGCAAGUUACCCCACCUAACAUGUAAACCUGACCACGUAAAAUGAGAGAUUAUAUGGAUAGGCAGGUUACCCCACCUAAGCGGGUUACCUCACCUACCUGGGGUCCCCCACCUCCAUGUAAACAGGCCCUUAAGGUUGAAUCAGUUUGAACUCGACCAACACUCUUGUCCAUCCCUGUCUUGAUGAAAACGCUGGCAAUAUGGGGACGAGUCCUGCUCCUUAAUUAACAACAGAGACCUUUCGUUAAAGAAAAACAUACGCUUAAAGGGGACUCGAGAUUUCAACUUUAAAUUUCGACUGUAAAAUUUUUUUGCUUUAACAGAGAACGACAAAGAAAGGUAUCAAAAUGUAACACGCGCGUGGGGGAAAAUAGGGAAAACACACUGGUUGGUUAAUUUAAAAUUAGUGUGGAUAUAUUCGAAGCAUACACGAAUACGGUAUAUUUGCCCAUUGUAAUUUUUUUAACGACGUUACUUGUUCAAUACUACCCCGGUUCCAGGGAAGCGAAGCGAAGCCACGGCGCUGAAAUCGAGCCGCGGGCGGGGAAGAAGAGAAAAACCUCGUUUUACUCUUCCUGGCCGCUUAGCGACUGGUUUUCGCCGCUUCGUGCGGCUUGUUCUCUCUGACGCGGAGAAAAAUUUCAAGAAAAACCUCUAGGACCAGGGUACUUAAAUACCAUGCAUGUACAAAGUAUGGUGCAUGUACUGGAGAUUGCUGCCAAUCUGUUCAUAAACUGAGACUGACACAAGUUUUGUUUUUGUUAGGAUAACGACAUUAUGGAAGCAAAUGUGAGCUUAGGAGAAUUACAGCAAAAGAUAAAAAGACUUGAAGGGUUAUGUCAGGUGAGGAUUAUUUCGUUAUUGUUGUUAUUUAUUUAAAAAGAAUGUAUUUAAUUAUAUCGCAAGCUAUUUAUUUAUUUACAAGGCUCUCAAAAUUGCAUGUAACGGUAGCGAUAUUGAGCAAGUCACUUCACAGAAUCUACUUGUGGAAACAUUAGACAGCCACCUAAAUUGAACUGAACAUAUUGAUGACCUGUGCAAGAAAGUGGCACAAAGGAUUGCUGUACUUAAAAAGAAUAAGCGUAAUUUGGGCCUCGCAGAGCGCACGCUGUUUUUUAAUGCUUUGAUUAAGCCCAUAAUGUUGUAUGGAUCUUGCGCAUGGACCACGGCGACGGAACAGAAUGUGAAACGCGUAUUUAAACUGCGGGCAGCUUGCGUAAUUUUAGAUGCAAAUAUAAGAGAUAGGAGUAAAGACCUUUUUAGACGGCUUGAUUGGCUGCCGUUUAAGGACGAAGUAAAUCUUCGAAAGUGUAGUUUAUUACAAUACCGUAUUUAUUCGAAUUAGCGCCCACCUCGAAUAAGCGCCCAUCCUAAAGGCAGAAAAAGUUAAUAAGCGCCCAGCCUCGAAUAAGCGGCCACACCCUCCUCCUCCCAAUCAAACUCAAAUAAGCGCUCACCCCCACGCCACCCACUUGAGUGAUUAAAUUCUAAUAAGAGACUUCCCCGAGGACGGAGUUUCCUCCAGAGUAUUUUACGGAAACCUUGCUUUGUUACUUCUUCGCGUUUUUUUAUUAACAUUUAUUGUUUUGUUGCAAAAUAAACAUACUUCACUUGCUGAAAAUGGUGAAAAUUUAAUAAGCUCCCAGCCUCGAAUAAGCGCCCACUCUCAAGGUCCAAAAAUUUAAUAAGCGCCCAGGGCGGUUAAUCGAAUAAAUACGGUAUUUAUGCGCAUAAGAAACGAAGAUGACUGCCCAGACUACAUAACGAAACUAUUACGUAGAAACUCAGAUGAUCUCAGGAGUGAUAGCAGAGCUAGCCGUUAUGGAAGGUUCAAUUUGGUAUGUCCAUUUUAUAAUAGGGAAACGGAAGGGGGGCGUACUUUUAAAGUUCGUGGAGCUAAGCUGUGGAAUAGGAUUCCUCUUGACAUGCGCAUGCGAAAGAAGGACACCGCUAGCGCGUUUAAGAAUGCUCUUAAAAAAUAUUUUUUAGCCGAUUUCUUAUGUGUAUAAUGUUUUCAUAUUUUUAAAUUCCAAUGUAAUGUACAUACCACUUUUUCUUAUCUUAUAGUAUUUUAAAUUCGCUGUGUUUAUCUUAGUAGUUUUUAAUAUUCGUAAUUUAAGACUGGGGCCACUAGUUCAUCAGUUUUUCUGUCAUCUGUCUGAUGUAUAUUGUCUAUUUAUCUUUUUAUUCUAAUGUACAUAUCACUCCUUCUUAUCUUGCAGUAUUUUAAAUUUUAAUUCUUUGUGUUUAUUUUAUUAGUUCGCCACUAGUUCAUGUGUUACCCUUAUUAAAUAAAGUUGUUACCUUCUUACCUUAACUUACUCCAUUUCACCGUGCAGGAACUAAGAAAAACUGAAAGUACACUUAGGGCAGAAAGAGACCAGUGGAGGGACCAGGCGACAGCGAACAAACAUGAAGUGGAAAAACUUAGAAGUACGAAAGUAGAAUACUUUAAACAUUUGAACAUUGAUGGAGUCUCUGUUGUUUGCAUAUGCGGUUUGCCAAUAAAUAACCAAAAUGCUGUUGAUCUGAACUGUGUUUACUGGUGAACAAAUGUAAAAUGUAAUCUUAAACAAACUUUACGUUUGUGUUGUUGUAGGUGACAUAAGUAAACAGUUUAGUGACGCAGAUGAAGUACAAGCUGAACUAUCCAAGGUGACAGUGUGAUUCUUUUUAGGUGAUUUGUCUUUGUAAAGCUGUCGUUGUUGGCGGGCGAAAGUUGUAUAUAAUUACUUUCGUAUUGCCGUGGCCGCCAGAAGAUUGGGAAGAACAGAAGUAGUGACCCUUGGGCCGGGCGUUGAGGCAAAGGGAGAAGACGGGAGAGAACCAAAGAAAACGCAAGCUAGAAUUUUAUUACUUGGCCAGAAAAUUUCAUUGCACUUUCUUUUUUAAAAAUGAAAGUAGAUUUCAAACUAAUGUUGGCCGGUAUAGUCAGCAUUUUUCUCACUUGGUACCUGCCUGUUACAUUCUUUGCGCUGUGAUAGGCUCUCUGGCUUGCUGAUUGUUGUGAAUGGUCAACUAUAAACGUUUUUUGUUCUCUAUCUCCCAGACUAAGCAAGAUGUUCUUGUGCUACAAAAGGAACUUUUCUUGUCAGGUGAGAAAGACCUUACUUAGUAUUGUGCUUCUCUAAAAACACUUUUUGAGUUAUUAAAAAAAGAUAAUUGUAUGAUAUCUUGUUUUAGUACUGAAUGUGCGUAUCUUUACCUCCUCGAGCGGCAACAUGCUGAACAUGAAGUUUCUCGGGCCUCUUGUUCCCAAUGGAAUCCCGAGAUCAAAACGCCUAGCGCCUGUUGUGUUUAUUUGAUUUAUUUGUUUUAGUCAUUUGCGCGGCCCCAUUAGCCUUUGCCUUAUUAUUACUACCAAAGAUUACGUAAAGGGAUUAUAUAUGUUUUUCGUUAUAUUUUUCUGUCAUCAGGAGAAAGAGAGAAAAGGAAAGACCAACUGCUUGAUUUACAAAAAUCAAAACAAGAGAGAACGGAUUCAGAACUUCAAAAUCUUCGUCAAGUAAGUAUAUGAAGGUCUAUCUGGCUAACCCUAACUCAAUCAGUACAGGUCAUUGACAUUAUGUCUCAUACACGAACUCUGUUAAAAUUUGGCUGGAAUUGUGGGUUUGUAAAAUACUGUACGGAGCCUGAUAAGUGCCAUCCAAAUUUAAAAUUUUUUUUUCAGUUUCUUUUUAUCUUUUUUCGCGAUGUUUCAGUUGGCAUAAAAUGUGUUCCUUCUUUGAAAAUUGACAUACUUUUAAACCUUUCCCUUUCUACACAAUUGUAUCCAGAAGUGAGAUUUUGUUUUCAGGGAUUUCCGCUGUAGUAGCGUGGUGAUUAUUUGCUCAGAAAAUAAAAAUGACAAGUCUCUAAAUUGUCUACAGUGUUGUUUAUUGUGCAUAAAGGCCACAGGAGCCCUUAUACGUGAUUCUGGGACUCAUGGUUUUGCAGCUGUGAGAGUCCUGUGACUCACUAUAGCUGUUUUAUAGAUAUAUCGCCAAAAAACACGCAAACGUCAUCUCAGAGCAGGGCACCUGUUACAGAAAUCCUGCAACGUCGGGAGGAGAACGUCCGAAAAAUCGACUCGAGAGUUUUUUGCUCGCGAUAUACAAGCCAGGACAUUUUUCUAGUUUAAGUAAUUCAUUACAAAUAGAACGAAACCUAAGGGAUUGCAUUUACUUAUUUUCUCUACAGAUCUGUGAACGACAACAACGCGACAUUUCCUACAAGCAGCUGCAGCUACAGAGCUCUCACGACAUGUUAUCUAAACAUGUUACAGAGGCUGAGUUAGUUCUUUUCUUUUUUUGCAGUUCUUUUUAGUUUCCUCUCAUUUGUAGUACAAACCGUGAACAAUUCUUGCUUCGCUCACCCGCUCAUAUAUUAUACUCAGGACUUAUAAGUACUUAGGACUUGGUGCAUUUUUUCCACCCCAAGUUCCGUAUGGAUUUGUUUACUAAUUUACAACUGUCGUUGAUACUUAUCUACCACAUACAGUAGUUAAUGAAAUCCUCAAUUACAACUCAUGCAGUUGAAAAGAAGAAAACUUUAAAAAUUAUGAGGUUUGUCCGAGUUGUUUUCUUUCCGGCCUGGAUAAGUUGACAAGAUUCACUGAAAAAAUGGUAAAACAUCACUUUUAUGUUUCAUUUGUAGUUCAUAAAUGUUAUAUAUGUACGCAUGGAUACGGGUCCGAUUCAUGUUCACAAUCCCAUGGAUUUACGACCAAAAUGAGACUUUUGAAGAUCCAAUUACCUUUCCCAAUACCGCAAAAUACAAGCACAGUAGUUCUAAUGGUAAUACAAGAACUAUAACUGUACAUACUAAAAUGGACUUGUUGUUGAUUCGUUAUCUUAUUCAUUCCAUUUGCAUGUUCUUCCAUGCAGUAAGAUGUCUGAACUAGAGUCUAUUCCCCCUGAUGAAGAGAAGAAACCCAUCAAUAGCUUUUACGACGCGACAAGUUUUCACCUUAACGGGGACUUAUUUGAAAAUCAGGUAAAAAGUCUUUCUUGGCAAUUUCUUUAUCUUUCCUGUUUAAAUUUUGGAUAUAAGGAUUUUAGGCCUUGACUAUAGAAAACGGUCAAAACCAUUUGAUCCACGUCGGAGAAGAUAACGGCAAAGAGGAACGCUUCAGUUUAGUCAUAGCGUGUAAACUGUGAACAAACCGAGCAGAUCGGCCGGGAUUCUUCCAACAAAAACUGCAGUAUCUUUGUUUUCGCCUUUGAAAUUUCCCAGGCUUUCCCGGAUGAAUUUUGUCCGGGAAGACAAAAGAUUGCAUCAGCUACGUAUUAUAGUUUGAAGCCUUCUCGUGUGAACGUUUCGCAAUGUUUUCAAAGGAAAUAGGGGUGAGAUAACGGGCCGAGGCUCGUUUCUCGAAAGUCUCGGUAACUUUUCUGGUUCGUAAUCAAAUAUUGAAAUUAAAAUUUAAAGAAUGAAAAAGCAGGUUUUCCCCAACAAACUAGUCCAUAACCGUAAUAAAAUAUAAGAAGUUGCCAAGCUUUUAACUCGUUCUUUCUUCAAAGUGCAAUUUUUAUUUCUGCCGCUUUUGAUCUUGGUAAACCACCGGUUUGGUGAUUAAAAGUUUUGUUUUCCCUCAGAACGAAAUGCCAAGCCGGUCAAUGGACUUUGAUGGUAUGUAUAAUUGUCAGUUGUUUCAGGUCAGACCAUAGAAAUUGAUUUUAAUACUCCACAGACUCAAAAGGUUUAAUGUAUGUCGUUUGAACGCUCCGAGAAAAGGGUUAUGUUUCAUCUUUUAAAUAUUUGAAAAGGUACAUCAUACAAUUUGUUUGAAUCUUGCCGUUUUCCUAGUUUCAUAUUUCUUCCCUUCUUUCUUCCUUUUUUUUUUUCUCAGCUCCUGUAGCUUCUAAAGGUGUCGACGAUGACCUAUCGGCUUACAUCCCUGGUAAGAUUAAAAAAGUUUAUAAAGGUUUUGUUAUGAAACCCGACUACAGUCGCAAACAUACUCACUUCUGAUCGUACAUUACCUUACAAAUCCCUCUACUUACGACUUCAUUUUAGGUGGUGGAGGAAUGUCCUCGCUUUCUAUGCACGCCACAGCCGGAAGUGACUUGGCUGACGAUUUCGACAAUCUAUCCCAAGAUCCAAUGCAACCCGCUGCGACAUCAGAGAGAGUUUUUGCAAGUUCUAAUACGGAAACGUUUUUGCCAUCAAGGUAAUUUGAAGCAAAAACCGUCCUGCUUAUGUUAGCCUCUCCCUUUUUUUACUAUUAACCGUUGUGACGGUUUUUUUUUCUUUCUUCCUUCAGAAAUCCUGCUUACUUCAGCACACCUAACACACGAACAGACAUGUACCCCCCGCUGAGUAACCUGUCAAUCACGAGCGCUAGACAGGACGAUCAUAGCAACUUUCAGCUUCCCGGCUUCUCGGCUGGUAGCUCUGUGACACCUUUAAGACCCAGCGACGCCUAUAUACCUUAUUCAGCUGGUGUGUCUGUGACAAAGACCUCGCCCUCUAAGGUAAGCUUGACACCUUAUGAACUCGAACAAGGGCUUUUCCUCAAUGGCUGACAGUGUAAUUUCCUCCGCAGAUUUUCUUUUGCCUUGUCACGCAUUCCUCCCAUAGUGCUUUAUUGUUGUGUGACGAAGCAAUUAGAAUAUUUACGUAGUUACUAGGUUGCUCAAAGAAUACCACAUGCACCAUUCAGAAAACGUUGCAACCAAUACCAAGCGAUAAAGCCUCAAAACGACUAUUUCUAGUUUUUGCUGAACCUUUAAAACACAUCUCCUAUCCUUACCCACCAGUUUUUACGUCUUUUUCUGCUAUGCGCGCACAACAUAAACGUUUUUUCUCAAAAAAAAUAUAUCAGGCUGAUAACUACUAACGUAAUAAUUUAUGUAACUGAUAGAGAUAGGCCAUGUAAUAUACUAACACAAGUUCACAUAACUUGCUUUACAAGACAGCAAGUUUGUGUUUGCAAGUUAGUGAACUGUUCUCAGUUUCUUUCUCUCUUUUCAUUGUUACCCCGUCCUCAGGCCGAUGGGGAUUCUUCACCGACCAGUAAACUUCAUCGGCUGCUGGCUGAAUCUCGACAAAUGGUUCAAAACCUCGAACAAUCUACUACAUUCUCUUUGAGCGGAAGUCCCAAGCAGGUUAGCUUUUUGAAAAAGUCUCCAAUGGACGUGUAUCUAACCUUUGCACUUUAACAAGCACUUUGUUACAAGUAACAUAGGUAUAAUACUAUCAUUGCAACCCAUACUACACUACAAUACAUAACCUUUUCCCGUUUGUUAAUCCCUCUUUUAAUACUCUAACUAACCAUUUCUUGUGGGUCAGCAAUAUUUUUUAAACGCUUAAGUUUUCACUCAGGUUUAGAGGAGAUUUUUUGCCUGUAGAGCUUACCUUGAUUUUUUUCCCGCACUUGUACUGUUUGGCCGUUUUUCCCGCCUUUUUCUAGUGGCGCCUAACUUAAAAAUUUAGGUCUUAGCAGCUGUUUAAUGUCGACUGUUUCCGUAAACUUUCCUUCAACAUUUGUCGAACUAAACAAGCAAUCAUUUAGAAUAGAUCGCUCAAGAUUGUUGAGACAGGUGUCAACAUCCGUCCAGCCUUAAGGAAUUUUGGAAAAAAGCCGAACCCCUUUAAGCAGGCCUUAAAUUUGUUCCAGUUGUAUGGCGUAAAUGAGUAAUCGUAGAGGUUUUUUAUAGUUAAUGAAUAACACGCCCUUUUUUUACGCGUCUAGGACUCAACGGUGCCCACAAGUGAGCAGUAUACACCACCGCAAAGGCACUUGGGAAGUCCGCUUCAUUCUCGCCCGAUACCGACCUCCGCUGAAUAAAACGUAAGCAGGCGGCUAUUUCUUUUUCUACGCCAACGAUGACAUUUUGGAACCGUAAUUGGUAUCAGAGGCUUUCUUAUCCAAAGAACAGUCUAUUGUUUUCCAGCCUAAUCUUAGAAUGCGUUACCUGUUAAUUAUCUGUUUUUCCUUCAUGAAACUGCCUCAUCAGACGACUUCAAGAAUUAAAGUCUGUAAAAUGAUCAGCGUGAUAAAUCUGUUUUUCGUGACUGUACACACAAACUCUUAGGCCUCAUUUACAUGGAGAAAACUUGUCCGGGAUCAGAGUAGGGUCACUUGCCUACCCAAGCUACCCUGGGGGGCGAGCCAACUUUUCAUACAUUUCCUUACAAAACGGGGCGAACCGUUAACAUUAUGGUAUGGUUACCCUCCUAGCCGGCUAGCCGGGCCUCUUUUUCUUCAUAUAAACACUUUGGCUCACACAGCCGGGGUAACUCGAUCAAAGCGAGACAAUCAAAGCAUGCGCGAGCACUGUUGCCUCGGGCAAAAGGAUGGCUAAAUUCGACUCGGCUGGGAGGGUAACCAUUCAACCCGGGGCCUAAGAUAAUCUAACCUUAUUUCUUCCGUUUGUGUUUAUGCAACUCUCUUAGGGACGGACCAUUAGAAAACUUAUGGGGGGGGGGGGGCGAGGUAAAAAAAAAAUUUUCGCGCAAGGGAAAAGAAAAGAAAAAAAAAUUCGGGCACCCAAAUUAACCCAAAAAAAAAUUCAUACUGUGGGCCAAAAAAAAAUUAAUAAAAAAAAUUUAAUAACAAAAAAAAAUACCACCUGCACAAAAACAAUUAACCCUAAAAAAUAUUCAUGCUAUGGGCUAAAAAAAAAUUCAUACAAGGAAUUUCAUAACGAAAAAAAAUUCCUGCGGCUCGAAAAUUCCCCUCCCCCCCCAUAACUUUUCUAAUGGUCCGUCCCUUAUGUACUGUAUAAUUCACUGAUAAAAGUUUUGUUGAUUUUCAGAACAAGUGAACACAACUGUAAACAGGAAAUGGCUUGUUGUAAUGAAGUGGUCCCCUGCAGCGUCGUUAUGGUUGUUAUACGUCAAAGUAAUGUGAAUGGGCAAGAGAGAAUGAGCUUAUAGCAACAGAUACACGUGAUUCAAAAUGGCUCUUUUAUCUCUUUCAAUCCCAAGAUAGACUACCGAACGUAAAUAUUAAAGAAAAAUCUCAAUUUUAAAUUUCCAAAAAUAUACUGAAACGGUCCUACAGUUUUUGUUGAGACCUCUUUGACGGAGCACAAUCCUUUGUUUCUGUUCACAAAUUAUGACGGACGAGGUUUUUAUUGGUCAACAGGAUCACAAUGGUAGUAAUUCUAUUGAACCUUGUGCGCCGUCAGGUCCGCAAAAACAUGUAACAAAGGAAUCUGAUGGACCUCAUAACCAUUCAACUCUAUUAACUACAGUUCGUCCCGUGAGUCGCUGGCCUAGGUAACGUAACCUAGAUGCUUCAAUUAACUAUAAUUUUAAUUUGUAGUAAAGGUACACCUAGACUCCAUAAUAGAGUUGUUUUACUUAACCGCGCGUGAAAUAGAUAGUAGAUUAAUACCAAUAAGACUAAUAAUCUGUCUACUUGUAAUUGGCCCAGAUUCUUACAUACUGUUUCGUGCAUUAAGUAAAAUCACUCUACCCUUGAAUUUUUUAAUGAUCUAUACCACAAGAAACGAAAAAAGAUCAGCAAUAAAUAAAAGAGUCAUUCUUUAAUAUAUUUUUAAAGCAAUUAUCUCGUUAAGAAAGUGUUCCCAAUACUGGUGUACACAACUCUGCGUUCGUGCUUUAGUUCCGGAUUUGCAUACUUUUCAUUCGCAGAUUCAAGUUCAAAUCAUAGUCCUUUUUGCGUCAGGUCUUGUGUGGCUAUUGUGUGUGACAAUCUACUUACCUCUCUGGUAGAAGAACUUCGUUUUUUUAUGGAUUUUAUCCUUUGUCUGGUGUAUUCCAGUUCAGUUUUACUUUUAUUAAUAUUGUUAUACCUGUAUUUAGUUGUAAUUUGGAUGAUCCUAGGAAUGAAAGUUAAAAGAGCAAUUUCAAGGGUCUCUAUGGUUUAUUAUAUUUUAUUCUGUCUAUUUGAUUGCGUUAGGACGAAACCUUUACUUUCCAGAUUCUUUAAUCCCAGUUCUAUUAAUAUUAGGAUGAACUACAUCAUGGUAGUGAAAAUUCGUGUUUAUCUAGACCCCUACGAAGUAACUGUACUAUGUACUUAAUCUAACAGUUACCACAGCAAAGCCGGAUCGCUUCAGUUCUUUUUUCUUACUCGUUGAAUGAAAAAAAAUGAUUUUACUUAGUUUAUCAUAUUUAAUAGCAAGUAUUUAAAUGAUGUGAAUCCUAGAGUUAUGGUUUGAAUGAUUGAUAUAUAUAUCUAGUUAAUAUUUCUUUGAUCUGGACGAGUGAAAUGGAGCUGAAUUGUAGAACGUGAAAAAAAUAAAGUUGUAAAAAACCCAGAUGCAUUGCUGUGUUACAAUUCAAACUUUUAAAUUUGUUAUUGGGGACUUGGUCGAGCUGUUCUUGUUUGUUGAUUGUUUUAAAUUACAAGCUCAGUCUAAACUUGACUGAAUAUGGUAAAGUAGAAUUCUUGUUUACAAAAUCAUUCAGAUGAUUUCCGAAUAUCGCAAACAACACUCUACAACAAAUUAAGAUAAAGAAAAACGGGAACGAACUUUACAACUUCAAAAAUACAACACCAAACAUUUUCUUAUUAACAAAAUAAUAAAGCACAAAGAGAUGGCACAUUUUAAGAGUGAUCUGGCUAAAUCAGAGAGUUUAAGUUCUAGAGAAACAAAAUGCUACAGGAUCAAAAAAUAUAUAUCAUUCCUGAAAAGUGUAAUAGACAAUAAUAGACCUCUUUAGCUUGUAUGUUUUGUUUUCCCAAUAGAGGUCCCAGGGGAAAUUCACUUUUUGUUCUUCAUGCCUAGAUAUGCACGAAAAUAGACGAAAUUUGAAAGAAACCAUUCUCUAGAGUAUUAUCCCAUGACCUGUAUUAGGAACAUACAAGCUAAAGAGGUCUAUUAGCCUAGAUACCUUAACUUAGCCUGCGAACGCCAGACGUUUCUCCUCGCUCAUCGCUGCUGAGGCACUUUUCGCGAGGAGGAACGUCUGCGACUCAGCUACAGAAAUUCCAUACUGAUGAAGUAAUUCAAUGUUUACAUAAUAAAUCUGGUAGUCAUGGGGUUCCAAAAGCAAAUUUGUUCAAUUUUACGAUUUUCCUGGUCGAUUUUGUGUUGUGUAUAUUCCACAGGUAUUGCCUGUUUCGUUAUAGAUUCAUCGCGUUUAUUUUGCCUUCUGUCUUGUGUCUGUCAUUCGUAAACAAUGGCUAGACCAAUGUAGCUACUCCAACGUCCAAUCAGCGCUUACGACCGGAUUCCGGACAGAUUUUACGUCAUCAGUAUGGAAUUUCUGUCGCUGAGUCGCAGACGUUUCUCCUCGCGAAACGUCCCUCGUCGGCGAUGAGCGAGGAGAAACGUCUGCCGUUUGCAGGCUAACCUUAACUUGCUCACUGAUUCAUCGUGUGUCGACUCCAGAACCUUGGGUCUUUUUUUGGGGGGGGGGAGGGCGCUUAAUCCUUAGUCAUGCGCGAUACAGAAUAGCUGUGUCUAGCUGUGUCCGGCCAUGGUCUGCUCAUGCGCAGUAGAGAAAAAAAGUUCUUUUGCUACUGCUGCAUUCAAUGCUGUCCCCAUCAACGCAGUGAAGUCCCUGAGUUGCAGAGAGGACCCUGGGAACGAGGUUGCCUGUGUUGGUGGCAAACUGCACACAACUUCUGCAACUGCCGGAAAUAAAACUUAUCCGCCAGUGGCUCAUAUUUGGAAAUUGCUCUUACGGCAAAGAAAAAAUAAACCUUGUGCGAGACAAGCCGAGCGUGAGUUUGUAUACGUCAUAUUUCGACAAACGCUGAACAAAAGCAUGAAGUAUAGUAUCAUAAUAAUUAAUCAUAACUUCAGGAUAAUGUAUGUACACCUGGUACAUUGAAUUUAGACUGCAAAACAAUCGGUUAUGCCCCAAAUAUUAUCAUUUGCAUUUUGAAAAUUACUUGACAGAAUUUCUCUCCCGUUAAAAGCCCAUGGGAUUCUGAGUUGCAAUUUCCCUUUCUAUUACAAGCCCCUCCGAAUGAAAUCCCCCCAAAAAGGCUUUUAAAAGGUCUAGAUCCUGGGGCUUUAGAACUUUGUGGUAUGACAACUACUGACAGCACUUAAUUUCCCUCUCAAGUAUAUUGACUCUCAAGUAUUUUGGUUUUGUAAAAAUAGCAAUGAAUUGCCGACAGGUAAAAACGACGGCUAUUCGUGUAUGCUGAAACAAAUUAAAGAUAGUCAGCAAUUUAUGAAUAAAUAUUUAUAACAAAAAUAAAAUGAAUCUCAAAAUCUAAUUUGAGAUAGUUGAUCGUGAGUAAAAUAUUAUCGGCAUAGUGAAUCAAUUUCAAAAAAUGAACAAGAGAGAGAGACAGGAAAAUUCGUGCUUCCGCAUCGCAAAAUUUGUUUUCAAAACAAGAAAUUCCUAAAUUAAAUCAUUUUCGAGCAGGGUUUCUCCGCUUGUCACUUGUACCUCAAGAGUAGAGAAAUUAACGCGGAAUGAAACGCGUUGGACGCUUUCUACAAGUACAUGUACAGUUCGUGACAGUAUUCCGAAAAUUCCAUGUUUAAAAUGAAACGGUCCAUUUGAGUUAAAAAGAGUUCCAUCUCACAUAGCUUCUGGAGUUUUCAGUUCCACUUGAUCUUGCGGUUGGAAAGUACCGAGUUUCAGUUGAAUGAUCGCACAUUAAUUAACCAAAGGCUCUUCGAUUUUCUGGGAAGAUCGAAGGGCCCGGCUCUCACUGGUUCGAAGGAAUCUUGUUGCAAACUUAAACAGUUAAAUACCUUCGAAGUAUUGCAUUCUUUAUUUUACUACUAUAAUCUUAUAGUUUUCUUAUUUCGCUAUUCAUUAACAAUUCCAAGUGAACGAGGCAGAUCUUAGUUUUAAAUUCAAUCGCAACAGAAACAUACAAUUCAACAAAAAACUGUAAAAAGUUGUCCAUUGAAAACUGAUCUCUUUCUUUCAUUAUAUAAAAUUAAUUUGUCUUUCGAUGGUUGGCUGCAUUGAUAAAACAGGUGAAUUGAACAAUUUGUCAAAAAGAGAGAUCCGUUCGCGGCAUUUCAGUCCAUUUCAAAAUGAAUUAGAUAUUAGUGUCUUAGCGGUUGUGCCAACAUUUUGCUGAAAUUUCUAUGAAAUUUCACUCUCGAUCCAGCACUUUCUAAUACCGAUAUAUAAAUUGCCUUCAGCCGUUUUGUCUUAAAUUCCGGCUACAAAAGAAGUGACCAACAAUUGAUCGCAUAAUUGUCGCGUAAUUUUUAGGGCGAACGCACGUAAAUUUUGCGCAAGUAAAUAAUUAAAAAUAAGACGCAAUACAUGAAAGGUCGAAGGUAAGCGUGAAAAUUGAACGUCGCUCAACUUCUCGUUUAAGCUCAGCAAUUUUUAUCUUUCCCCUGCUUUAUUUACGUGAUUAAGAUUUGCAUGCGUAAUUAAAGUGGUAGCCAAAAACGCCUCAGUGGAAAUCAACCUUCAACCUGUCGCGGCCUUGUGCUGUUUACCAAAAUAUCAAAAUAUAUUAUCAUGCAGAGCAUUUAUUUUGGGCUUGCUAGAUUUUAAAACUAAAAAAUUAUAAUUUAUUUCUUUUAUUCUAACAGAGAGAAAUAAAUCCGAUUAAUUUGUAUGUUACAAACCCCCUCGGAAGAAUAUUUUACGUUCUCUGAAGGACUCGAACCCAAGUGUAUAUCAGUAACUAGUUAGUAGUUUGGACAACUCAGCCAUUGAGCUAUAUGUAUUAUAAAGCCAGUGAGAGAGAUCAAACUAGUAAGGUCUCUUUGGAAGCGUCAUAUGAAUAUUCAAUCACAGUGAAGUCCUUUUUAGCAACAGAGACUUUUGUGAUUGAGUAUUUCAGGAAUAUUCUGGAAGUUAGAUACGUUGCACGCCAUUCUUAAAGGCUAACAAGGUCUUAUCUUACAAGCAACUUUUUUGACGUUCCUUAACUACGUUUCAAAUCAAAGAAAGCAGACAUUUUAUUUUAAUAUGAACGUAAAUAACAUUAAAUAGUAUGAAAGUAAAGAGAAUAUGCAAAUAAUGUGCUCAUGGUGUGCUGAAUAUGGUAUCAGCGACGUACCAUUAGCGACAAAAUGAUCACUUAGCAACCCUUAAAAAGAGGAAGACGUAUUUUUUCAAAUACUAGGAAUUUACCAGUGUUAGUUGUUUUUACCAACCAAGUGCCAUUUUACAAUUUAUCAAGUAGUUUAUUUUAAGUGUAGAUUGUUCUAGUCAUCAAUUCAAAACUUCGCUUUGUGUUCAUCAUUCCAAGGAGAACAAAAGCAAAAUUUGCAUAAAGUGGUUGUGUUUUUCAAAACAGUGCUGCAGCGAUCAAAGGCCUCUACGGUAGAUGGCAGGUUAAAGCUGCAACCAGCUACCACAGUAACGACGAAAAUUUCUAAUUGCAUCGCUGCGUUUCAUUCUUUCGUAUUGAACUGGCAUCGUAAGUGCGCUGGCUUCGACAGAAGACUUCAGUUAAACACUCUGAGUGGCAAGUUAUGAGAAAACAUGGAGAGAGCAGUCGACGUGGUGCAAGACCGCGCUCCAAUAUGGCUGCGAUCGAUGCCUUCCGAAGCUACAAAAGAUCAACGCAAGGAGUCGUUUAAGACACGCGGACCUACAAGAAAGCCAGAAGCCCUGUGGUCUAAGACCAAAGAACCAGAAAUCGUCCUCGAGACAGAAGCCUUCCAGAAGAAGAAGCAGAAGAAAAAAUUGGUAGAAGAUGACGAGCUUGAUUUCACUAAGGCUCGAGAGAAACUUCGAGAAAAGUUUGAAUAUUUGCUCACCAUUCCAGCUGAAAUAAAGGAAAAGUUUCGGUCAAUAUGUCUGCGAGAUACAGCUUCCAGAGUGGAAGUAUCAGAGGCCGAAGAAUCAAGAUCCGGUAAAGAAAUUGAUUUUGAUAGAGAGUAUGACAUCAUCGAGUUACAUGAGCACAUAUUGGUUAUUGGAGGAGCAUCAGGGGGACAGGGGAAUGAGCCGACUGAUAAAGUAGAAGCCUAUGACAUUAUGAGCGGAGAAUGGCGACAGAUCGAACCCUUACCGCUGGAAACUACGGCUUGUUAUGCCACGGCAAUUACAGGUAAAGUCAGCUAUACAACAAUAACCACAAUAUAUACACUAAGUCUGUUCGAUAAGCAUCACAAUAAAUUUGUGACAACUUCCGUUUGGUAGGCAAUAAUUCCUAACAUAAUAAAGGUUCUUGGAACAUCAUAACCGUAACAAAUUCUCUAAUCGCCAGCAACUGCCCUGUAGUAAGAAAUUUAGUUGAUCACAGCAUAUUACGUAAUUUUGAGUCUUUGAGAAAUGGAACGCUAUUAACAGACCCGAAAGUUAUAUAGUAUUAGAGCAACAUAAUCAGCGCGUGUAUCCUUUACAUCAAAUUGUUAAAAUAUACUGAGCACGCAAACAUGACUGUCUUUGUUUCCGAAAGGAUUUUUCAUGACAAGCACUCAAAACAAUACAGAAAUAAUGUAGAAGCAAUGAUCCGAAGCACGCCAAUCUCUGUCACGUGCAGUUUUUCCGUUUAUGUUAAUAUUAAAAUACUGAAUUAGUUAACAGAAGGUCACAACUUCCCCUGAAAAAAAGGCUGUACACAAGCUAUCACAGACUCCCCCUCACCUCAAGAUUUUUCGGCAGCUUACACAAGAAAGACGAAACUACAGGGGCGUCAAAAAAUCAAUAGGUUGCGGAAUAAGCAAAAUCUGGCGUCAGCCCUUGCAAAACAAACAUCUCUUCACUUGCACUCACUGCAUGAUUACGACGUGAUAUUUCGUAAUUUCGCCAUUUAUGGUGGACGUUGGAAAACACAAGAUUCUGUUUCUUUCUCUGAACUUGGAUACGGACCUUACGAAUUCCAGUCUAGCAAAAUUCGCAUACUUGUUGGACGGAAUGGAAUCAUCUCGAUCAGGGCAGUUCGCAAUAAUGCGAAUUCACCUGUUGCGGGCGCGGUUCGAUUGAUCGUGAUCCGGAAUAAAAAUAAUCGGAAUUAACAAUACAAAUAAUUUUUUUUGGCAUUUAAAGAAAAAGCUGUUCGAAAUAAAACAUUCCGAGGUAUGUAGCGUUUUAUUGACCAAAAAUCAUUGUAGAAGAGAUUGGUAACAUAACUUCUGCGUAUUAUUAUUCCAGAAUACAGUACGAUCAAUCCAACGCACCUUUAGUGACGUUUUCGCUGACGUCGCUGGCUCGAGUCUAGCCUGUUCCAGGCUCCGAGAUGGUGGUGGAAAGUCGUUCAGUAAUAAGAAAUGCGAAAAACGCGCGGGCGCUGGGGAGAGACAGGGCCGCCCCCUUUCCCAAGUCGUGCGCGUCUUAUUUUCGCUUUGCUCGUUUUAAUACGUUCCCACUAUACUAUCUGAGAGCCUGGCACAGGCUAGCUCGGGUGGGCCUUACACUGAGGCAAAUGAAAUAACUGCACCUCACUGGGUGGCCGGCGUGGGCCUCCAGGUUGUGAUUUUUAUCCUCGACGCCUCUAAGACCUUUACUGAAUGGCCUACAUAUGGCUAGACCCUCACUAUGGUGGCUCAAUGACUGACAGUAAAAUGAUCGCCCUCCUUUAGGUACAAGAAUUAACUGAGCCUUUACAAACAACGGGGGAAAACUGCAAGUUUGUCUACUUAUGGCUUCAUUCAUAUUUGCGUUAUUUUCACUGUUCUAUUGCGUUUUUAUUAAUAAAAUAGUUGUGGUGGGAAAUUUUCCGCCAAAACACCUCCAGUUGCCUGUGGUCUAAUAGCUGUUAAUUGAGUUAUGUUACAUUGGUAUGCCUGCGGUGCGGACGGUCGGACAGGCAUACAGUCACGUGAUGAACAAAAUUUCUCAGAUUCGCCAUUUCCACAUUUCCCAUAAUGCACCUUAUAUGCCCCCCAAAAUUUUGCAUAAGCAUCGUUUUAAAUUUCUCUUGGGACGGCCAGGAGAAAUGAAAAACAAAGGUUAUGCAAAAUUUGCGGGGGCAAAUAAGGUGCAUUAUCGGAAAUGUGGAAGUGGCGUAAGGAUAGAUAACCAAGUUUUCUUAGGUAUGAGGCUCCACUCGAACGCUCGAAACGCGUGUGGAGCUCUGCUAAAACAGUAAUAUCCUCAUGGUAGACUUAAAGCUUUUAAGCUCCCUCCCGUCUUGUUGACACUGACCAGGCUUCAUUCUUACCAGAGCUGUGACUCUUUUUUUCAGGUAUUCCUGGGAUUGUUGUUGUAGGAGGUUUCGGCGACUGGAAAGCACUGAAUACAAUCCAGAUGUAUGACUGGGUGGGCAAGGAGUGGCAUGUACUCAAACACAUGAGAAAGAGACGCUGGGGGUGUUUCGCAACAGGAACAGAACACGGAAUUGUUGUGGCUGGCGGCUGUGAUCAAGGCAGUGUGUUAAAUAGCGUGGAGUUGUACAACAUGAAAAAGAAAGAAUGGUACACAUUGCCCUCAAUGUUGGAACAACGCUGCAACUUCGGUGGUGCUGUUAUUGGCCGCAAACUGCUGAUAGCCGGUGGUGGAGCUGGUUUUUAUUUCAACAGUGCCAAAAACACAGCGGAGAUUUUUGACGGAGAGCAAGGAAAAUGGACAAAGUUACCCCCUAUGAGGCGCAAGCGUUAUGGUUGCGCGGCAACAGCGUGGAAGAACAAACUUUUUGUGGUUGGAGGCUGUGACAGCAAUGGAGAUGACAUCUUAAAUGUGGAGGCGUUUGAUAUCGAAAGUCAUGUUUGGCUCGAUUUACCACCAUUACCCGUUGGGUAUUCGUUGUGCCGGGCGCAUAUUGUUCAGAAUAUGCUGGUAGUGUUCGGGGCUGAUGGAGGAGAAAAUGCUAAUAUCGUGUAUGCCUUGGAUUUUGAACUUAACAGUUGGAACAAGUUUAUGGAAAUACCGCAAGGACGUAACGCUUUUGCUAUAGCAGUGGUUGGUGUCUAGAAACCGAGAGCAAUUAGCCUGCGAGCAAGAUCUCCUUUUGGGGGAUAUCGUGAAAAGGACACGCGCGAGUGGCACGCGAAGAGCCUCACAGCUUCGCGGCUUCCUCGCACGUCCUCGAGUGGCUCGCUUCGCUCGCCCAAAUAGGAGAACUUGCUUGCAGGCUAGAGAGAAAUUUGGAAGGGACAAUUAACGAAGAAAAAGCAUUUUGUAUCAUAAAAUUAUACUAGAGAAUUUCCUUCCAUGCAUUUUCUAUUUAAAUGGUCAAUGCUUAGUUUAACUGAUAAAAUACCGGAAUUUCGAAUCUUGCGAGCGAAGUUAUUUUCAUUAGUGGCUGUAAUAACAACUGUGUUACAAAAAUAGCAAAUAUAAAAUAACUGACAUAACUGAUCCUAAGUUACUGGCCCCUUCUUCGCUCUGCAAGGUACGUUGUAAAUGUAGGAAACCUGUUCGAGAGCACAGGUAUCUACCAAAUACAGUUUGAUAUAAACGAUCAAACAGUGCUUUAACCGAGCGAACAAUUUGUCUGCAAGUCCGUAAUGGAGUUUAUUUCAGUCAGUGACUGUCUUUAAUCAUGUCAACUACGCGACUGACAAGCGACGCGAACGACUUCGUAAACGCUAAAAGCCAUGCAGGAUGGUAUUUUAUACAACUGUAUUUUGCUGCCCAUAGUGAAGUAUUGGGCAAGGCGAGUUGACCGUAAGUGUUAUCUAAAAUGUGUUUUUUAUAUUUUUUCACAGAAUAGUAAUAAAUGUUAGACGAUUGUUUACAGUCACUCUACGAAAUGAAAAGAUUUGAAGUCGACAAGCCGAAACAAUGCAUGCCUACGGCAAACAUAUACAGAAAGAUGUCGAAUAUUUAUUUGGAUUGCAUUAAACACAAGAUCGACGUUAUUAUUAUAAUUCUUCGUAAAGGACAGUUAAUGUAGACAAUUUUGUGGAAAAUUUUCAAUUAAAGAAUUUCAUAGGCUGCUUUUCAUAAAAUUUUAAUAGUACGAUUGGCCAUUUCCAAGUUUUGCCCUAAGCCUCUGUUUCAAAGCGAGGCUAAGAGCCAAGCCAUUGACAUGAAAAUGAUUUUAAUCAUAACUCAUACAAAUAACACUCAUUUUCACUAGAAACGUUUUGCACGUAGCCUAGUUUGAAAAGCCGAGAGAUUUUGAGACUUGGAAAUGGCCUGUUGACUUGAUCGGCGUUUUUGCUAGCCUAGCAGGAGGACUUGGCCUGCAAACGCAAGCGUAUUUCUGGUUUCGAGUGGAGACAAGCUAUGUCUGCGUUCGCAUGCUAAGGAAAGAAGGUUUUUAAAUUUUAUUUUGUUUACACUAAACUAGCCGCAUUUCAUACUAGCAGCUGGGAACGCUAAAAACACUCAUGGGGCAUUUUCUUUUUAUUUGCACAUAGCUGAAUAAAAUAAAUCCUCGUGCACAAACACUGAAAAUAGCUGGGACAUGUAAAAUGAAAGGUAAAAAAGACGGUAAAAUUAUUUUUAUUAAUUUUAACCAAGUUCAAGUUUGUACUGCAGUUUUAGUUAGCCUGGAGUUCAUGUUAAUCCUUAAUUACAUGUUAACUGAGUUCAAGAUAACGGAACUCUCUAUCAUAUCUAUUGCAAAUCAAAUAAACGCACAUCAGAUUGAAGCAAUAAGAGUGGCGCCGCCUUC